AUGGCUCGUCACAGCAAGGCGAAAGCGCGGAUAAAGAGGCAGAAGCCGACGACGAAGUCCAAUAUAGACCACCAACUAGGGCACCUGACGAUGCAGCAAGAAGCAAGGAACACAGAAGGCCGCAAUCUGUGGCGCACCGGCUCCAAUCUACGCCACCAAGGAGUCCGUUUUGUGAGCGCAGGCAACACCCAGCGAGAUGAAAAUAACGAGGGAGAGGCUCGUGAGGGAGACGGCCCUUGGACAGAAGAGAACAAUAAGCAACCGCCCACAAGAGGGACUGAAUCAAAGGAGGAUGCACAGGAUUUGAAAAACGAACCAGCAAUGCGCAACGCGCCAUUCUUUAUCGACCUAUCAGGCGAAAUUGGUGCACACACUGGGCUUGCAGACCCCAUUACCGCACUAUCAUUAUCUGAGAGUGACAACUCUAGUGAAGAUGAAGUAGUGUUUUAUGGGCGACGUAGACUUGAAGAAAGACCUCGUAUCAUUGUUGAAGACCACGCGGUGAAGGCUGCCAAAACAAGUUACCACUCGUCAAAGGAUCUCGAAUCGCCACCCGAGGCAAGGCUACCUGCACCGGACUCCAAGGUGUGCCUGGUAUCCGAUGGCAUAUCAACAUAUGAGCUACCGCAGAGAAGCCCACCAACAGCGGAGAAUAUCGGGCAGACGAAGACUGUUAUGCCAUACGGGGAGAAAAUUGCUCAGGAGACAUCGGAAAACGAAAAUGACGAUAUACUAGCUGACUAUAUAGCAAACAUGGCCGAACAUUACUACGCAGAUCUGCAUAACUCACUAGCUGGUGCUAUAAAGCAUGAGCCCGAGCAUGGGAUAGAGAUGCUACCUCAGAACUUCGCGGCCCAUGCGGCCACUAGCGAUUCGAUUCGUCAUUCUGGCAAGGGAAAAUAUCUGCGUAGGGACAUCUUAUCGGAACGUAAGCGCAAAAUGAUCCCGCCGACGGAGUUUAUACUGAAAUUAGCAGAUGGUGAGAGUAAUGAUCCAAUAUCAUACCCGCUCGACGAUGCUGCCUCUGUGAGCAAUCAAGACCUACAAAGCUCGCAAGCCAGUGAUUCCGACGAAGGAAAUAUUCUUGAUACUGACCUAGACAUCGAGGGACUUGAGGCUCAAGGACGCCCCGCCCUCUCCCAACGGAACCACAAAGAUUCACAAUGUGAUAUAUUCGCCUCGGCCACUGCCUUCGCUGACGCCUUGGAAAUUGACCCUUACUACGGCUUGGAUAUCAUGGAUUUCGGCAGGCCAAGUCUUCAGAAAAAGAAAAGAGGAAAACAUCGCAAUCCAGAUUUGGUCCUAUCAGACAGUGAAUUGGAGCUGGAACUGGAGAACGCCUGGCGGAAUGACCGAGAGAAGAAGAAGGCCCGAAAGCAGAAAAGAGAGGAACUUCGCUCCCAAGGUCUCCUAGGUCGAGGGGCAAAUGACCCAGAUCUGAGAAGCAAAUAUACAAACGGCAUGGGUUUUAGUGACUUGAAGAUGGAGAUACGCAUUUUCCUACUGUCGUCAAGAACCAGUUUGGCUCUUCCGCCUAUGGCCAAGUACCGUAGGAAACUGAUUCAUGACCUAGCAAAUGCGCUGUCCUUAAAUUCACAGUCACGAGGCAAGGGGUCUUCUAGAUUUCCUAUCCUGCACAAGAAUUCCCGGACUCCGAGGCACACGCAAAAGACUAUUUCUUUUAUCGACCAAUUAUUCUCAAAGGGAAGAUUUAAUCACGCCGCAACCAAAUCCUGGGAUCAGAAGAUUGCAAAGUCUGCUAAGCCUCCUCGUGGUCGUCCUGACAGUUCUGUUUCAUACAUGGAUGGGGAUAUUGUCGGCGCAUCUGCUCCCGAGAUUGGAGCAGGAAACAAAGGAAGAGCAAUAUUGGAAAGAAUGGGUUGGAGUAUGGGAACAGCUCUUGGUGCUACUAAUAAUAAGGGUAUCCUGCUACCAGUGGCGCAUGUUGUGAAAAAUUCCAAGGCUGGCCUAGGGUAG